UUCAAGUACUAUUUUAUAUUUUCUCAGACAGAAAUCUGCUUAAAAUUAUGAGUAUUUCAGUUUAUGGAGUUCCAAUUUUGCUGUUCAUCUCUUAUCUAACGAUCGUAUCUUCCAUACACGACACACCGGCUCGAUGUAAGUUACCCGUGAAGAUUGGUGAGUGCAGAGCUUGGUAUUCAAGAUGGUAUUUCAAUGAAAAUUGGCAAAGAUGUGAAAUGUUUCAUUAUGGUGGUUGCGGAGGAAAUUCCAACAGGUUUUUGACAAGACGAGAAUGCGAGAAAUCGUGUCGAAAAAAAGAACGAAGAAAUGAAGACGAACAUGGAAAAAAUCAUGACAUCUGUUUUCUCCCAAUGAAACCUGGCCCGUGUCGUAUGCUCCAAAGAAAAUAUUACUUUGAUGCUUCCACACAAACCUGUAAAAAGUUCGCGUACGGGGGUUGCCAUGGUAACAAGAACAACUUCAAAACCGCGGAAUUGUGUGAAGAAAGAUGCUUUCCAAAAUGUUCUCUACCAAUGAAAAGAGGGCCAUGUCAACACAACGUUCGUCGUUUUUUCUAUGACAAGCAUGAUGGAAGAUGCCAUUCAUUUUUGUGGGGAGGUUGCUACCCCAACGACAACAACUUUCCCACUAUGUAUGAAUGUCAAAAUAGUUGUGUGACAGAUCCGGGAGAGAACAUUAGGAUUUGGAAUCCAUUUGAAAACACAGAAGAGUAUAGAUACGAUGGAUUUGACGCUGGUUUUGCAUGGACAGAAUAAUGCGUGAUGUCACAAUCACAAAAAAGUGUUCAAUAAUAUCACUCUUUAUUCCCUCAAAAAACUGAAUAUUUUUUUGUUUGUUUGAUGUAUAAACAGCACGUUUCAUUAUAAUUAUUGUUGAUAUUAACUCAAGUUAUUUAAGAAACUGACAAGUCAUCAAUAACAUAUAGAAAAAAAGCAACGAAUCAUGCACAAAUUUGAAUUGUAUAUAUAUAUAUAUAUAUAUAUGUUUAUAAAAUAAUGUCUCGUUUUGAAUAUUCACAGUUGAAUCAGAAAAUCAGUAAUUUGAAACAUUGCGAGUAUGUUAUUGAACUACUACAAGUUGAAUAAAGAUUUUGUGUAAUUUCCUUCUUUAUGCAAUUGAAUGUUACGGUGCAGUAGUGAGAAUUUGUUACUACAUUACCUGGCUAGAAUGAAUACCCGCUUCGUGUGCUUGAUAAAAUUAUGGACAUCACAACGACUUGGCAGUCCCAAUAAAAAAAAUUUGACGAUCCAAACUAUUUAGAUCUUUUUGAAUGUUUACUUCAGUUUAAACGUAGUCAUGGAAAGAUUGUUACAGUUACUGUCUGAUAAGUGCUCUGUAUCAGAACGGCGAGGCAGCUAAAAAUAUGUUUGGGGGUUCAUAAGAAUGAUUUUUCUAAUUUAUGGUCGUAUCAUGGGGUUGGACCAUUAGAAACCAAGAAAUCGUUUGUCAUAUAUUUAUGGACUUGUGCUCAAUAGGGAAACAUAAAUAUAGCAGAAAACACAGAUACUGUACUGAGAGAAUAACAACAAAAAUAAUCUGUUUAAUACAACAUGAGUACAUGAUAUGCCAGUCACACAACCAGCGAAAGCCGUAAUGAUAAAAACAUGAAACGCAUUUUAAUAGUGUAAUAUUUUUUUUGGCAUUACUAUUCCUUUAUAUAUUCAGAACAAAAAUUUAAGAUGUCAUCAGAAAGUAACUUUCAAAAUUUAAUCUUUUUUUUUUUUUCAUGAAAUUUCAAAGU